AUGGCAGUGGAAUAUGACACAUCCUCUUCUCCUGAAUUCUUCGACCACCCCGACCACCACGUGGGAGUGAACCUGCACGGCAGCAUGCUCUCUCUCACCUCUGCUCCCGUGCACUCCCUCACUCUUUUGCUCUUCCUCUUCUGCUCACUUCUGCUGCUGCUCUGCCGUUCUGCUGUGCUGCUGUUGCUGCUGCUGCUGCUGCUGCCUCCCCUAUCCUUCCCCCCCCCAUCCAUGCAGCAGCAGCGGAGCCUGGCAGUGGAGUUUGACACAUCCUCUUCUCCUGAAUUCUUCGACCGCCCCGACCACCACGUGGGGGUGAACCUGCACGGCAGCAUGCUCUCUCUCACCUCUGCUCCCGUGCACUCCCUCACUCUUUUGCUCUUCCUCUUCUGCUCACUUCUGCUGCUGCUCUGCCGUUCUGCUGUGCUGCUGUUGCUGCUGCUGCUGCUGCCUCCCCUAUCCUUCCCCCCCCCAUCCAUGCAGCAGCAGCGGAGCCUGGCAGUGGAGUUUGACACAUCCUCUUCUCCUGAAUUCUUCGACCGCCCCGACCACCACGUGGGGGUGAACCUGCACGGCAGCAUGCUCUCUCUCGCCUCUGCCCCCGUGCACCCCCUCGGCAUUCCCGCCCUCAACGCCGGUCAACCCCUCCUCGCCACGAUCCGAUACAACGCCUCCUCCUCUCAGCUCACCGUCUGGCUCUCCCCCGUCCCCCGCUCCUCCUCUCGCUCUGCUUCUUCCUUCUUCGCUCCCCCUCUCCCGCGCUCGGCCGUGCUCACCACAUUCCUGGACACCUGUGAGUGGCUGGGGGGGAACGACCCACAGGCAGCAGCGCCCCCCCCGCCGCUGUUUGUGGGAUUCACAGCGGCCACGGGCAAGGGGGCGGAGCAGGCCCAGGCGCACGAGGUGCUGGGGUGGAGCUUUGAAGUUGGAGAGGCCGAGGAUUCGCUUCCGUUUUGGGCGGCAGACUCGUUCUCCUUCCCCUACAUCACACCAGCCACUCCCCUGCAGACACUCAUACCUUUGCAUACUCCCCGUUCCCAUCCUCCCUCCGCCCCAACAGACACCGACCCCUGCAAGGGUUCUCCAGUGCUCCCCUGUGGCAUGGGUGCAUGCACCAAGGCACGUGCCCCGUGGGACCCGUCUAUCCUCGUGCCCUCCUGCAAGUGCCCCUUCAAUCUCCCCUCCUUUCAACCUUCACACCUUGCCGGCCUGCCCUCCUGCUUCCCUGAUUCCUUCACGUGUCGCCAGCUCUCCACCAACCCAUGUGCCCCAGGGGUGUGCAUUGAUGACAUAGACGGCACCUUCUCCUGCCUCUGCCCCUCGCCCUACUUCCCCUUCUACUUCUAUCCCAAAGGCACUGCCCGCUGUUACCAUUUGCGAUUGGCUGCGACUCGAAUGCCCACCUUCCUGUCACCCUUCGGCCUCACAUGCGCUCUCAUCCUCAACACCUAUGGGCUUACCCAGGCGGACUUCUUCAGCCAGAACAAGGGGUUCCAGUGCCGAGUGCCCAUCCCUGUAGACACUCUGGUCAACGUCACUAGCCGGGCUUUUUCCCAAUGCACUUCCAUGUACACUGCUAAUUAUGGUGACACGUGUGACUCACUCAACGCCCUCUUCUCCACGCAGGUACAGCCGCUCAACCCCGCCCUCACCUGCUCCGAUGGGCCCAGGCCCGGCCAGCUCCUCUGUGUUGACUUCAACCAGACGUGGCUUGAGGAGGGAAAGACCCGCAUAUCAUGCAAACUGCAAGCCCAAAUCACCCCAGCCGUGACACAAACCGCGCCCACACCCUCACCGAGCCCUCAACCACCCCCUCCUCCGCCUCUUGCCAACUACACGAGCCUAGGUGUGCCCGUGACUGUGCUGCAGGGCCCGCAGAGCUGCCAGCAGCUGUGGCAGGCGUUUGCCAUCGACUCCCCCACGCGCUUCUUCCAGAUGAAUCCCGGGCUAUCAUGUGAUGCACUGCUGCCGUACAGCCCAAUGCGGGGCAAUAUGAUGAGCAAGAUUUGUGUGGCUAGUGUUGACAGCCGACCGUUUUCUGGCAAUACAU